UCCACAAUUUGAGUCCUCUUAUUGUAGAAGUAGGAACCUUCGUCGUGUGUAAUUUGUACUCGACGGAUCUAUUUGAGUGAGACUCCACGAUGGCAGCUCUUGUGAAAACACAUGUGCAGAUAUCUGCAGAUGACGCAGAGCCUCAGGUCGAGGACGACAGUGAAUCUGGAGUAGAGGAGGACAGAGACGGAGAUGAGAGUAGUGAUGGAGAAGAAGAGGGGGACGAAGACGGAGCCGAUGACGAGGACGAAGAGGGAGCCGAUGAGGAGGAGGAUGAUGGUGAAGAGGCAGAUGCCGAAGACGGAGCGGAGGAAGAGAAGGCUGAAGAUGGAGGAGACGGUAACGCGAACGCCGGCUGGGCGGACGCGAUGGCAAAGAUCCUGGGGAAGAAGACGGAGAGUGAGAGCAUCAUCCUGAUAAAGAACAAAGCGCUGGAGAAGAUGAAGGAGAGAGAAAGACAGGAGCAGCUGGAGAGACAGAAACAGGUGGAUAAGAAGCGAACGUGGGAAAUGAUGAGCAGAGUGAAACCUGACGUGGUGAAGGACAGAGAGACGGAGAGAGCUCUGCAGAGAGUGGCCACCAGGGGGGUGGUGCAGCUGUUCAACGCCGUGAGGAAGCAUCAGAAGACCGUGGACGAGAAGGUGAAGGAGGUUGGAGGAUCGGAGAGGAAGAAGGCGAAGCUCUUGUCGUCAGUUUCAAAGAAAGAUUUCAUCGACGUCCUGAGGGGGAGCGAGGGAAGCCAAACACCCAAAACUCCUGCCCCUGUCGAGGAUGAGAAGCCGUCGUGGAGCGUGCUCAGAGACGACUUCAUGAUGGGAGCCUCCAUGAAGGACUGGGACAAACUCAGUGAUGAAGAGGCGGGGUCAGCAGGGGGGGCCAAGCAGAGUGACUCAGACUGAGAACUCCUCACACACAGCGAAGGGGCCGUGAUGCCUUCAGGGACAGUGUGGACAAAAGACACCUGCAGAGUUCAGAGACAGGAGCCUACGAUGGUGUGAGACAGGUGUUGAAGAACAGCUGAUCAGUUUGUCACGCACAGCGCAGAAGAAGAACAUGAGGAGUUUAUGAGAAAAAAACAUUUAAUAGAAUCUGAUGUUCUGAUAUUUUUUAAUGUAAAUAAUGUGCAGAGAGUCAGAGGUUUGGAAAGAUGGAUAAAGAAGUGCCUGACCCUGAACGUGGAGGUCCUCGGAGGAUCUUUGAUUAUUUGCUGAGGUCUGUGAUGGAGUCUGUAAAUAUGAAUGUUUUGUAAUAAACCGCUGAUUCAUGUA